AUGACCAACCCAGCACCAGAUAUCCGUGAGAAUCGGCCCUUUAUCGACUCAGCGACAGCUCGACAAACUUCUCUCGCUCGUCCAGGCUCGGGCAACCUGGAUGCACCCAGACAGAGGACCGACUCUGAGGAUCCCGCAGUCGCUCCCGAGCAUUCACCGACUCCAACCCUGGAUAUGCGAGGACACCGGCUCAGGGUCAAACGAAAGCGAGGCUCGCGACGUCUCUCUUCUCCUUUGGCGCCUUACUCGACCGGCUCGGAUGUCAACCUCGAUGGUUCGUUGCGGGAUAGGUCCGAGACUGACUCGGAUGACGACGGCCGCAUCAAGAUCCCAAAGUUCUCGCUGGAUGGCAUUGGUCGGUCGAGGUCGUUCCCGCCGAGCCAGGCUGCUCGAACUCGCCGCACUCGGCCCUCUGUAGAGGCGAUCGCUCCAACCCCAUCCGGUCCAUCAGGCUCAUCGGGACCGUCACGGCGGCCGCCUCAGUCGACCUCACCGAGUCCGUCACGAUCGCUGCGGCCGGUUUCUGCGUCGGCUGCCUGGGGCCCACCCACGCCGCAGCUGCGUCGACGGCGAGCAAGUCUUCCCGCCAACCUGCAAGCGAGCUCCCCAAUUUCAAUUACGAGCUCGCUGUGGAGCUCAUCGAGCGGGACGGCUGCAAGUCCCGGUAGAAGCGGGAGUGUGCGCCUGAUGGCCAAAGCAGCCACCGGAUCCAAUUCCCACGCCCGGCCAGCAUCGAUCCAGACGCCGCCCAGAUCCUCGCCCACCCAGCCCAGCCCAGAAGCCCCGCCAUCGUCGAGCACAAGCCCGACUCGGAGCCUGGUUCGGAGCCCGGCUCGGAGUCCAACAGCUAGCAUGCCUGCGACGCAGGACGGGUUUCAGCGAUUCGUCGAGAAGGUUGAAUGGAUGGAUCGGAUGAUCCGGCAGCAGGGCCAUAGUGAAGGCAACUGCCACGAUGAGUGA